AUGGCUGAGCCUGACUUGGAUGCCCUCUUUGGUGAAGACAAUGCCGAGGAAUGCUCCGCGCCUAAGGUACACCCUGCCUUGUUAGCAGCAGUGAAGUCCUUGGCUGCAGAAGCCUGGCCAGUGGCACGGUCAGAGCUGCUGGGAGAAUCUGACGCUGCAGCUGUCAAGGUGCGGCUUCCCCUUGCGCCCGCGCUGGCGCGGGACGUGGAUCUAGCACUGGAAGCCAUGAAUGCCCAAGAUUGGUCGGACUGCGCCUCCAAGGCUGCAGCGAUCAGGAAGGAAGCGUGGAACGCUCUGAUGCGUGACAAAGGGUGGCAGAGACCAUGCGACAAAGAACUCUUCAUGCUGGUGGAGCUGAUACUUGCACUAUGUGCACAUGCAUCUGGCUCUCCUGCCACAGCAGUGCAGCAUGCUGAUGACUGGCCAGCGGCGGCGCGGUGGAAAAGCCUGGCCUAUUUGGAUGGCAAUGUGGGACAUCGUUUGAUUCCAGCUGAGCUGGGUGCUGAAGUGGGAGAGUAUUUGGCGCCCAGCUGCUUUGAGCAGACCUCCUCGACUGCUUACUUGGCACAGCAUGAACUUUUUGAGCAAUGCCCUGUUCUGCGAGCUGACAUCCCUGUGCCAAGCUCUUGGCAGGAGGUGCUUGGGCCACCAACCCGCUGCAAUGCAUGGAUUGGAACGCACUCCACUCUGACACCCUGUCACUGGGAUUCUUACGACCUUUGGCGAGAAAUUUUGCCUUUCUCAGUUUCGCCGCCAAAGAUCGUAACGCGCAGAGUUUCAACCACUUAA